GCCACGUGGCUCGACACGGGUCCUUGGUGGAGCAAGGACCACAGUCCCCUGGUGUUUCCGGGUGACUGGGCUCCAGAAAGGUCUCAUGUGAAGCCGGGACCCCUUCCAUGUGUGCCGCAGGCCUUGCGCCUACCCCUCCAGCACCUCCCCUGCGGUGCCUGGCAGGAGCUUGGCCUGCAGACUUGCUGGCCAGCGGGUCCUUUGCAAAAAGGUGAUGUGUGGGCCCAAGAGGGCACCCCCUCAGGGACAGUUUCUGCUCAGAGUCAGCCCUUCCGAGGCCCCUCCCUAGCUUGGCACUGUGCAGCCCAUUCCGGUAGCUUCAUAGCCCCCCCAGCUUGACUUCCCAGAACAUCCACGUCUCCUAGCCGGAAGCCCCUCCGCGCUCUCCAGAGCCUGGACAAAGGCGCAUUGUGUCAGCCGUGAGCCUUCACGGAGGUGCGCUGAACGCAGCUUUUCACCCUCAGGCUGCAGAUGGCCAGCAGGUUGGCAGAGAGGCCCCAGAGCGGGGGCCGGAGGGCCUAGCUGCUCUAAGCCCCGCCGCGCCCCUGGGCGCCCCCUGCACCAUGGACUCCCCGGGCUAUAACUGCUUUGUGGACAGAGACAAGAUGGACGCGGCCAUCCAGGACCUGGGGCCCAGGGAGCUGAGCUGCACGGAGCUGCAGGAGCUGAAGCAGCUGGCCCGCCAGGGCUACUGGGCCCGCAGCCACGCCCUGCGCGCCCAGGUAUACCAGCGGCUGAUCCGGGACAUCCCCUGCCGCACCGUCACGCCCGACGCCAGCGUGUACAGUGACAUCGUGGGCAAGAUUGUGGGCAAGCACAGCGGCAGCAGCCUGCCCCUGCCCGAGUUCGUGGACAACACGCAGGUGCCCAGCUACUGCCUGAACCCGCGGGGCGAGGGGGCCGUGCGCAAGAUUCUGCUGUGCAUCGCCCACCAGUUCCCCGACAUCUCCUUCUGCCCCGCGCUGCCCGCCGUGGUGGCCCUGCUGCUGCACUACAGCAUCGACGAGGCUGAGUGCUUCGAGAAGGCCUGCCGCAUCCUGGCCUGUAACGACCCCGGCCGCAAGCUGGUGGACCAGAGCUUCCUGGCCUUUGAGUCCUCCUGCAUGACCUUCGGGGACCUGGUGAACAAGUACUGCCAGGCAGCGCACAAGCUGAUGGUGGCCGUGGCCGAGGACGUGCUGCAAGUCUAUGCCGACUGGCAGCGCUGGCUCUUCGGGGAGCUGCCGCUUGGCCACUUUGCCCGCGUCUUCGACGUCUUCCUGGUGGAGGGCUACAAGGUGCUGUACCGCGUGGCGCUGGCCAUCCUGAAGUUCUUCCACAAGGCGCGGGCCGGGCAGCCCCCCGAGUCGGACAACGUGAAGCAGGACAUCCGUGCCUUUGUGAGGGACAUCGCCCGGACCGCGUCCCCCGAGAAGCUGCUGGAGAAAGCCUUCGCCAUCCGUCUCUUCUCCCGGAAGGAGAUCCAGCUGCUGCAGAUGGCCAACGAGAAGGCCCUGAAGCAGAAGGGCAUCACUGUCAAGCAGAAGAGGCAGUUCGUGCACUUAGCCGUCCACGCGGAGAACUUCCACUCGGAGGUGGUCAGCGUGAAGGAGAUGAGAGACAUAUGGUCGUGGGUCCCGGAGCGGUUCGCGCUCUGCCAGCCACUGCUGCUCUUCUCCUCGCUGCAGCACGGGUACAGCCUGACCAGGUUCUACUUCCAAUGCGAGGGGCACGAACCGACCCUGUUGCUCAUCAAGACAACGCAGAAGGAGGUGUGCGGGGCUUACCUGUCCACGGACUGGAGCGAGAGGAAGAAGUUUGGGGGCAAACUGGGCUUCUUCGGGACAGGAGAGUGCUUCGUGUUCAGGCUGCAACCCGAGGUGCAGCGCUAUGAGUGGGUGGUCAUCAAGCACCCCGAGCUGACCAAGCCAGCGCCCCCCGAGACCGCCCCGUCCGCGUCUGCGCCCUCGGACCUCAGUGACCGCCUCUCGCCCUUCCUGGCUGCCCGGCACUUCAACCUGCCCUCCAAGGCCGAGUCCAUGUUCAUGGCUGGGGCCAGCGACUGUCUCAUCAUAGGUGGCGGCGGCGGCCAGGCGCUCUACAUUGAUGGGGACCUGAACCGGGGCCGCACCGGGCACUGUGACACAUUCAACAACCAGCCGCUCUGCUCCGAGAACUUCCUCAUCGCCGCUGUGGAGGCCUGGGGCUUCCAGGACCCCGACACCCAGUGAUGCCUGAGGGUGCCCAGGGCCGCCCCCCAGGGCGGGGCCUCCUCUUCAGGGAGAGCCAUGGGCGGCCAGUGCCUGGGCAGGCGGGGCUGCUGGGUGCCUACGCCCUUCUCUGGGGCUGCCUCUCCUGCAGGCCUGGGGAGGCCAGGGCAAGACCUGGGAAGGCAAGAGCCCCUGCCAAUUGCGAGUCCAGCGCGCCCCCUGCUGGUGCAGCCUGGCCACCUCCCGCCAGGCCCAGACACAGGCCUGGACUGGCCCAAGGCAGCAUACGCGCGGCAGCAGCCGGCUCUGCCUCCUCCCUACAGGGCCUUUGGUGGGGCUUCUCCACCAUUGGCCACCUUGGCUGCCUCAGUUGACGUUGGAGGGCCGGAUGUGUGCCGCUGGCCGGAGGGGACGCUGCUGUCCUUGUGCUUCUGCAGAGCCAGAGCUUCUGCUGGGCCCGAGGCCGCCUCCCAGGACCGCCCCACACCCGCCAGCCCCACCGCAGGCCGCAUGGAGACGCCUGCCCGCAGCCCUGGGCUCUGCCGCCCGACUGUGCCACUUCUCCGUCACGCUGCUGCCACGCCUGCACCUGGGACCCAGCCAGAUGCCCAGCAGGCCUGCUCACCCGGGUCCAGCCCUGCCCACCCCUUGGCUGGCCCCUGCACAUCCGCCCACCCCUGCCCUGCGGCACCUUCACCCCACCCCUGCACGGCCUGCACCUCCGUCUGCGCCCCUUGUAGCCUGACCUCAUGAGGCUGCCACUCCCUGCCCCGCCCGCCCGGCCUUCUUCACCAGGGGCCACCUGGGGAGCUGCCCACCCGCACGUGGCCCCCUCAGCUGGUCCUGAGGGCCGAGUGCUCUGAGGGGAGAGAAAGAAGCAGGUACCAAGUGGCCGGCUGGGGCCUGGGCCUUCAGUGCUGGGCCUGACCCACCCUCCGCCCUGGCUCCAGCCAGCAGCUCUGCCCACCUCCCAGCUGGCUUCUCCCUGCCCCACUCUGGUCUCCUCUGAGUCAGCCACAGUGCAGAAGCAGGGGCUGGGGACCUGGUGUGGCUUUGGGCGAGCCACAGACCUUCUGGAACUCGGCUCCCCAAUGCCGUCAAGGCUUUCGUCCGCUCAGCUGUCCCCACAGGACUGCCCAGGGCCUCCAUGGGCACCGCGCAGGGAGGGGCAUGCUGCCCACCCACUGGACACUGCAGCCCCGUGGCCCCCAAGACCUCGUCUGUCCCGACAGCCUUGGUGUUCAUUAAACGUGGUCUCGUGACUCCUACUCCUAGGCUCCAGGUCUGGUCUCUUCAACCAGAGGGGCCUCGGGGCCACCCAGGCUCACCAAAGGGGGUAUAGGGAGCUGCCCCCUGGCGCUUGUCAGCGCUUUGCCACUGCAUGUUGGUGGGGCCCGUGAGAGCCUCAGACGCUGACAUGGCGCUUUUUGCCUGGCUCCCCUGCGGACUUCCUGGCUGGGUGUUCUCUUCUCUGGUGAGUAAGUCCAGAGGGUCCUCUGGGAGCUGCCGCGCUAUGCUGCCCAUCGGUGGUCCCCCACGCAGUGCUCCCCAUCUGGUGCUCCCCAUCCAGUGCUCCUGAGACCCAGCCCUGGGAGAGUAGUGGCUGCUGAGUCUCUAGAAUGAUUUGUCAAAA